GACUAACUUUUUGUAUAAAAUUUGACUAAAAUCGGUGAAAAUAUGGCCCAUUUUGUCAACAAUCCAUCGGAACAGAACUAUUACUUCAAGAAUGGUAUUGCCUACACAGAAGACCACAUUCCAGUGCUGAAACUGUAUUUAUACAAGAUCCCACCGGAUCUAAAUCAAUCUACGCUGCAUUCGCACUUCUCAAACUAUGGGCGCGUUUUGCAAAUGAAACUCUUUCGUGGCGGUGGUAGGCGUGAUACUGGCAGAUCAAAUCGCUUUUCCCACCAGACUGGCUGUGUGUUUUAUGAGAAUCCCAAGGAUGCAGCAAAAGCCUUGCACAGCCGGAUACACCAUGUAAACGGUCGGCGAUUCAAUGUGCAGGCCAGCGAUAGCUGGCAUCAGCCAGAUGCCUACGGAACGGACGACCAGGAGGAAGCAAAUCAACUGUGUUCUUUCAUUUUGAAUGUCAACGAUCUCUGCUUAGAGAUGAUUAUGAAGAGUCUCCCAAUGCACGACCAGACGGUCUUCGCUCGGACAUGCCUUCGCUUCCGCGCUAUCUAUCAGCAGGCCACGGCCAGACUGCACAAAUCAAUUGAUUUGUACGAUUUUGAGAAUAUGACUGUCUGGGACCUCCGAGAAUUUUUCAAUUUGUCCGGUCCUUAUGUUCAGCACAUUACCGGCGUGAUUCCGCCGAUGCGCUUUCAGCGCUUGUGCGACUUUCUUUCGACCAAUUGCUCGAAUUUAAAGUCCUUGAAGCUGCACAGCAGCCCGUUGAAUUCGCGAAAUAUGCACAAGAUCUUCGCCAAGAUGACCAAGUUGGAGGAGCUGGAGCUGCCGCAGAAUCAGCUGACUGAUGAGUGCAUCUUGGCCCUCAGGAACUGUCGGACUCUGCAGGUGCUCAAUAUUGCCGGCAACCCAAUUACCGGUGUAACACUACACGAGCUCUCCCCUUCCAUCCAAACUCUCACUCUGUCCGGGUGCCCUCGUUUUCAAGGCCAAUGUCUGUCCAAGAUUUGCAAGGUGUUAACCAACCUAAAAACCCUAAACGUGAAGAGAGUUGACACAAUGAAUUCUCACGUCUUUGAAACGAUGAUCAAGGAGAACUCGGGCGCUUCUUUGGAGGUGCUCUGUAUAAGCGCCUUCCCAAGGGAGACAUACGAGUACGUGGCCCAGCUGCCAAGCCUCAAGAGCUUGAGCAUCUAUAUCGGAUUGCCAGGCCGCACUAUACGCUCCGAACUCUUUCAGGAGCUGGCCGAACAUAAGGCCGAACAGCUGGAGUGCCUAGAGGUUUAUGGGGGCUCCAGUUUGUCCGCCGAAUUUCUUGUCCAAAUUUCCAAACUAAGAGGUCUGCGCAGUCUUGUCCUACCCCAAGUGUUUGCUAUGACUAACAGUUCACUCUCAGUGUUUUCGAGCCUCAAAAAACUAGAGCAGAUCAACCUAAAGUGCAACAGACUGCAUGACUCCUCGAUUUUGUUUCUGUUCGAAUCUUGCCCGAAGCUGCAUAGCCUAGGCCUAGAGGAUUGCGAAGGAAUAAGCGAGAAAUUGGUACAUGGAAUCAUAAAAAAACUGCGCUUGGACAUUGCGAGGAAGGAGAAUCAACGAAACUUGCCAGUACAGCUCUGUGUGUCGGGCACUCAAGUAAACAGUCUCAUCGAGUAUCAUCCUGAUGUCGCCCCCAAGGAUAUCAUCGAGUUGAAGCACUUUUGCUUUUGGAACUAUGAUGGCAUGUAUCCAAACUUUCCCAACCUUGUCUUCGACGACUUUGACUUCGAGCCGGACGAUCUAGAGGAUGAUUUGGACAGCGAUGAUGAGUCCGACUACUACGGCGAUGACAUGUUCGAUUUCGGUUUCCUAAGUGCUGACGACGACGAAGACUCUGAUUUCGAGUUUGGCCACCAUGGCCACCAUCCCCCAUGGCCCUUCAUGUCUUUAGAUUAAUCUGCCGCAUCGUUUCAUCGAAUAUUUAAUUAUUUUUAACUCACAUUUAUUAACCCAGAAAAAAUUUGUAGUUUCCCACUGUUGAAUUACAAAAUGGAUUAUGUACAAAUAAAGAAGUUCGGAAUGGAUGAGCCUCUAAAA